AGCGGCUGCCGAACGGACCGUCCUCCAUCUUGGACGACGGCGACGUGGACCGGCAGAGGGAGGGCGAGAUCGAGCGCCAGCGGUCAGAGCUGGGCCAGCUGAAGGAGAGGCUGGCCCUCAUGUGCCGACAGGUGGGGGAGAUAGAGGAGCAGCUGACGUCCGCCAGGAGGGAGCUGACCCGGUCCGAGGAGGCCAACCAGAAACUGCAGCGGGACCUGAAAGAGGCCCUCUGCCAGAGGGAGGACAUGGAGGAGAGGAUCACCACGCUGGAGCGCAGGUAUCUGAGCGCCCAGAGGGAGGCGACGUCUCUCCACGACAUUAAGGACAAACUGGAGAACGAGCUGGCCAGCAAGGAGUCUCUGCACCGACAGAGCGAAGAGAAGAACCGGCAGCUUCAGGAGCGGCUGGACGAUGCCAAGCAGAAGCUGCAGCAGACCCUGCAGAGGGCCGAGACGCUGCCCGAGAUCGAAGCCCAGCUCGCCCAGAGAGUGGCAGCGCUCAACAAGGCGGAGGAGCGCCACGGCAACUUUGAGGAGCGUCUGCGACAGAUGGAGGCGCAACUGGAGGAGAAGAACCAGGAGCUGCAGAGAGCGAGGCAAAGGGAGAGGAUGAACGACGAACACAACAAGCGGCUCUCCGACACCGUGGACAAACUCCUGUCCGAGUCCAACGAGAGGCUCCAGCUCCACCUGAAGGAGAGGAUGGCCGCCCUGGAGGAAAAGAACGCUCUCUCUGAGGAGCUGUCCAACAUGAAGAAGCUCCAGGAUGACCUGUUAGCAAACAAGGACCAGCUGAUAGCAGAGCUGGAGCGCCUUCAGCUGGAGCUGGAUCAGCUGAGAGCUCGGCCUGGGGGCUCCUACUCCAGUCGCUCUCUGCCCGGCAGCGCUCUGGAGUUGAGGUAUUCCCACGGAGGCGGGUCCCUCCCAGCGGGCUCCACCACCCACCUGGACUCCUUUGGCAACACCUCGGCCGGGGGCAUGGUCAGAAUAGGCCACCGGGCUCGCUGGAGCUCCGCCCGGGAAGACUCCAGCAAGUACCCAGACUGGGAGAGCGGGGCUCUGCUGGGGACCGGGUACGAGCCGGGCAUGGAUGUGGGCAGCUCUGACGAAGACGACGGAGAGCCUCGUUUCAGCUCGGAGCUGCUGUCCCCCAGUGGGCAGACGGAUGUGCAGACUCUGGCCAUCAUGCUGCAGAGGCAGCUGGAGGCCAUCAACAAGGAGAUCAAGCUGAUCCAGGAGGAGAAAGAGAACACGGAGUUGCGGGCCGAGGAGAUCGAGAGCCGGGUCAGCGUGGCUCUGGACAGCCCCCCCGUCCCCCCCUCCUCCCUGGGCCGGGACGGCACCGGGCGGGGCCUGUUCCCCUCCUCCAUCACCUCCUCCACCCUGGCCUCCCCCUCUCCCCCCAGCUCUGGGACCUCCACCCCACGCCUGCCCCACUCCCCGGCCCGGGACACCGACAGACAGAACAGCAAAGAAGACGACCGGUCCCUCGCUCUGCUCGACUCGACGCCCCCCCCUACUCCCCGAGCGCUCCGAUUGGACAGAAUGACCCUCACCCAUCCGGGGGCCAUGCUCGACGAUCCCAGGGAGUUCCGCAGUCUCUCUGCGGACGGCAGCAGCUCCAACAGCAGCCAAGACUCUCUCCACAAGUCCAGCAAGAAGAAAAGCAUCAAGUCUUCCAUCGGCCGGCUGUUUGGGAAGAAGGAGAAAGGGAGGAUGGGCCAGCCUGGGCGCGACGGGUCCUCUUCUCUGGCAUCCACACCCUCUGAGGACCUGUCCUCUGGAGACGCAAUGGGAAUUAAUAAGACGGGAACCCUGGGUCCAGCGGAUAAAGACCGGCGCAGCAAGAAGAAGCAUGAGCUUCUGGAAGAAGCCUGUCGCCAAGGACUUCCCUUCGCCUCUUGGGACGGACCCACUGUCGUGUCUUGGUUGGAGCUGUGGGUGGGCAUGCCGGCCUGGUACGUGGCGGCCUGCCGCGCCAACGUGAAGAGCGGCGCCAUCAUGGCCAACCUGUCGGACACGGAGAUCCAGAGGGAGAUCGGCAUCAGCAACCCGCUGCACCGCCUCAAGCUGCGGCUGGCCAUCCAGGAGAUGGUGUCCCUGACCAGCCCCUCCGCCCCGGCCAGCACCCGAUCGUCGACCAGUAACGUGUGGAUGACCCACGCAGAGAUGGAGUCCCUGAACGCGGCCACCAAGCCCCCGAUACUGGCCUACGGCGACAUGAAUCACGAGUGGGUGGGCAACGACUGGCUGCCCAGCCUGGGGCUGCCGCAGUACCGCAGCUACUUCAUGGAGUCCCUGGUGGACGCCCGCAUGCUGGACCACCUGACCAAGAAGGAGCUGAGGGGACAGCUAAAAAUGGUGGACAGCUUCCACAGGGUCAGUUUGCAUUACGGCAUCAUGUGCCUGAAGCGCCUGAACUACGAUCGCAAAGAACUGGAGAGGAGGAGAGAGGACAGCGCGCACCAGAACAAAGAUGUGAUGGUGUGGUCCAACGAGCGCGUGAUGUUCUGGGUGCAGACCAUCGGCCUGAAGGAGUACGCCGACAACCUGCGAGAGAGCGGCGUCCACGGGGCCCUGCUGGCUCUGGACGACACCUUCGACUACACCGACCUGGCCCUGCUGCUCCAGAUCCCCAACCAGAACACGCAGGCCAGACAGCUGCUGGAGCAGGAGUACAACUCCCUCAUCUCCAUGGGAACCGAGAGGCGACCCGAUGAGGACGGAAGCAAGACGUUCACCCGCUCGCCCUCCUGGAGGAAGAUGUUCAGGGAGAAGGACCUCCGGGGCGUGACCUCCGACUCCGCCGAGACCCUGCCCGCCAACUUCCGUGCCUCAGCCAUCUCCACGCCCUCUGUCACCCUGAGGAAGGUCCAGACUGAGGGUGAGUCGGGUCUGGUUCCCCUCACGCUCCGGCCCCCGUCUGCACACGUCCCUACUCCUCUGGGGCGGAGUCGCUGUAUAUCUCUGCUCCACGACUCACAGGAAGUAGGAAAUAGGGUAGUAAGCAGGAAGUAG